AAGUGGCUGAACUACAAACAUAGUGAGAAUGGCUUAUCGUGUGCAGGGUUCUUGCAAGAUCGUGAUUCUCAGCAACGUAAACGACCAGGUUGCUGUCUCUUUCUGUAUACCUACCCACACGCAACGACGAUAUAAACCGUGUUUCCACAAAUGAGGCACGAAUUGCGAAGAGCAUCCCACCAUGGGGAAGCAGGCUGUUUCGUUGGGAUGUCUGGUUUUUCAAUUCGCAUGGAUAUUCGAGAUAACCACCAUGCUCUCUACAUAUGGCUUUUCACACCCAUCAGAUACCUCUUAUCAUUCGUCGAUCCCGACCUUUGUUUCUUCGUUUCGUCGGACGCCUUCAUCGAGGUCAACUACUGCACUUGUUCCACCUGAGAAUGCGGCAAGAAUAAAUGCGUCGCCUGGUAGGCGUGCGCGAACUUCGAUACGCUAUGUGAAAAAUGCAAAUGGACCACUGGGUAUACUUUCAAGUCUUGGCCAGGACUCGGUCACGAUGUUGUAAUCGGGUAGGGGGAUUUGUGUUAUCCAGACCAUGGGCUCAGUUGUGCAAUCUGCU